AUGGAAAUAGGUCGGGAAGAUAAGUCCUGUAGAGCUUGCAUUAGUGUCGAAGAACUUAUGAAACGUGCCAAGCAGUUUGCCACAAAGCGCAAAGGAACUGAAGAGUCAUCGACAUCUCAUGAAUUCAAAAAUUGUCCUGUUGAUAAGGAUGAGUUAGGUCGUUCUACAUGGAACUUACUACAUACGGUGAGUGUGUACUAUCCAGAGAAACCAACAGAAGUUGAAAAGCAGACUGCCUCAACUUUUAUGGAAAGUUUGGCUAAGUUAUAUCCAUGUGAUUUUUGCGCAAAGGAUUUACGAAGAGAUUUAAAAGAAAACCCUCCCAAGCUUGGAAAUCGUGAGGAUUUCGCAAUGUGGAUGUGCCGGUUGCACAAUAAGGUAAAUCGAAGAUUAGGGAAACCAGAUUUCGACUGCUUAAAAGUUUUUGAACGAUGGAGGGAUGGUUGGAAGGAUGGCUCGUGUGAUUACUGA